GCAGCGCUCCGUGGUGACGUCACUCUCCGGUUUCUUCUGCCCUGGGCCGCAGUUUGCUGAGGAGAGAACGAAAAUCCACCAAAUCUACACCUCCUCCUUCACCCUAAACACAUCACCUGCUGUCAUCGGAUUAUCAGCUGCUGAAAUGGGAAACUGUCAACCCACAAUUUUUCCCUAUGAGGAUUUUGACGUCGUGGCAGACAUCAAGGCCAUCCGGAAAGCCUGCAAAGGGCUCGGCACUGACGAGAAGGCCAUCAUUGAAAUCCUGGCAAACCGCAGCUGGACUCAGCGUCAGGAAAUUAAACAGGCCUAUUAUGACAAGUAUGACGACGAGUUGGUGGAUGUGUUGAAGAGCGAGCUGUCGGGGAACUUUGAGAAGGCCAUCCUCGCCAUGCUGGACCCGCCCGUCAUCUACGCCGUGAAGGAGCUGAGGAAGGCCAUGAAGGGACCCGGUACUGAUGAGGACGUCCUGGUGGAGAUCCUCUGCACCGCCACCAACGCUGACAUUGCCCUGUUCAAGGAGUGCUACUUUCAGGUGCAUGAACGUGAUCUGGAAGCAGAUAUCGAAGGAGAUACGAGCGGGGACGUACGAAACCUACUCACGGCUCUUCUGCAGGGAACCAGAGAUGAAAGCUACGAGGUGGAUGAAGAACUGGCUGAACAAGAUGCUACUUCCUUGUUCGAGGCUGGUGAGGGUUGCUUUGGGACAGACGAAUCCACCUUCAGUUACAUCCUGGCUUCCAGAAAUUACCUGCAGCUCCAGGCCACCUUCAAGAUAUACGAGCAGCUCUCUGGAACUGAAAUCCUGGACGCCAUCGACAAUGAAACUUCUGGGACACUGAAGAAAUGCUACACUGCUCUCGUGAGAGUCGCCAAGAACCCCCAGCUGUACUUCGCCAGACGCCUGAACGAUGCGAUGAAAGGAGCAGGCACUGAUGAAGACACCCUGAUCCGCAUCAUUGUGUGUCGCUCUGAGUUUGACUUGGAGACCAUCAAAGACAUGUACCUGGAGAAGUAUGACGUGUCCCUGAAGGACGCCCUGAGGGACGAGUGCAGCGGCGACUUUAAACGCCUCCUUCUGGCUAUUUGCCACUGAGAGGACGAAGGUUUUCUGUCUAACAAACUAACAACACUCAGUCCCUCCGUAUGACGAUAUUUAAGGAGCAGGAAGCUGGAGAAGUGAUGAAAUAAUCAACUUGGCUUGUGUCUCGUGUCCAAACUGAGUUACUGUGAAUGUUAUUGGCUCUAAUUAUUAUUAUUUUCUAACUUUUUCCACAGACAUUGACUCCCAUAUCUAGGAUUCAUGAGUUGGAACUGUGUCUGUCAAGAACUGCCCAUUUCUUAGUGGAUUUUUAGCUCUAAUUCGUAACACUUGUACCAGCAUUUAUACAGUGGCAGGUCAUUUGUAGCCAUGGUAAUAGAAAAGCACCAAAACUUCUGGAUUUCCAAUAUUAACAGGAGACAUCUGCAGUCACUCUGAUGCAAAAAUACACAGAAAGUGACAUGUUUUAGCUUCAGUAUGUCCUUCUGCGAGUAACAUAAUUAGCCUGUGGUGUUAUUAUUGCCUUUAUAUGUGCAUUACACUGUUUUAAAUCACUUUUUCACCUUCCAUGCCCCAAUUUCUGUGACUGCUAUCCUGCUGUUAUAACUAAUGCAAUCACUCCGUAUGGCUUGAAAUUUGUUUUCUCAAAAAGAAGAAAUGUGAAAGUUUGUAUUGAAGGAAUAUUAGCUGGUAUCAUGAGGGAUAUGCAACGUCGGGUGAAGGGAAUUUUCUGAAUCACAGCUGAUCCACAGAAGAGAUGAUAUAUUUUAGCUUCUUAUCGAAAGAAAACUCUAUAUUGAUUUACAAUAUUUUGCUUUUUUUAUUUUUAAAUCCUGAACUAGAAAAAAACUUGACAAGUCCAAGAAACACCUCACCUUGUUAUAUAUAUUUUUUUGUAUUUUAUGACUAACAAGCGAGAAGAGAGUUUAAUAUAUAGCGAUGUUUAGUUUUAGGCAGAGCAGAGGUUAUGUGAAAAGAAACAUGAUGUUUAGGCGAGCUGGGCAUUAACAUCUGGAUGCUCUGAUGUCUGUGUCAUUUGUGUGUCUAUUAAUGGCAGCUGGCAUUUGCUAUGAAUUACCACUGUUAAAAACACUUUGAAGAGCUGAGCGGAUACCCAAGUGAAGUACAGAUCAUGAGACAGUCGCAACAUCUGCCUGGACAUCAGUUGUUUGCCUUUUUAUAGCCAAAGAUUUUAGUGUAGCUGCUAAUAAAGUUUCCUGUAGCGUCA